AUGGCCUAUUUCAACUGGAUUCAAUUCAGUGUUAUUUGUAUAAAGCUUUUAACAACAUACAUUUUCACAAGGUUUUACAGAAAAUCUGGUUUCAGAUUUCGAUCCCUGAUAAACAGGCCGGAUACAACAAUGACGAGGAAAAACUCCUUCAGAUGACAUUAAGAAGAAAUGUUGAGGGGGAAAAUGACUCAAAAUUAUUUCGUCACUUCUGGGUGACACCAGAUAGUGAAAUUAUAAGUCAUUGGACUUCUACAUCUGUAUACUAUAAAGGUAAACAGUACUAAGUGUGUUGAAAGGAUGUUCAUUAUGAGCAGAGUGUCAGCAGAAUCCAGGUGAGUUUAUCCACUGAGGAAAGGGUGAAAAUCGGGCAUAAACUGUUUUGUUAGCUUAUAUUUGUGCAGAUCAUCCAUAGCAGCAGAAAGUGAAGAAGUUUCAGAAUGUCUCAAAGUCUGGAUCUGAAAUCAUAUUGCAUUGGUACCUGUCAAUGGGUGGGAUAUAUUAAGCAGCAAGUGAACAGUCAGUUCUCGAAGUUGAUGUGUUGAAAGCAGAAAAAAUGGGCAGGCGUAAGGAACUGAGCGACGUGAGGCACUGGAGCAUCAGAACUGGACCAUGGAGCAAUGGAAGCAGGUGGCCUAGUCUGAUGACUGGUCUGGUCACGUUUUCUUUUACAUCAUAUGGAUGGCCGCGUGUGUGUAUUGCUUACCUGGGGAAGAGAUGGCACCAGGAUGCACUAUGCAAGCCGGUGGAGGAAGUGUGAUGCUCUUGGCAAUGUUCUGCUGGGAAACCUUGGGUCCUGGCAUUCAUGUGGAUGUUACUUUGACACAUAUCACCUACCUAAACAUUUUUUACCAAGUACACCCUUUCAUGGCAACGGUAUUCACUAAUGGCAGUGACCUCUUUCAGAAGGAUAAUGUGCCCUGCCACACUGAAAAAAUUGUUCAGGAACGGUUUGAGGAACUUGACAAAGAGUUCAAGUUUUGACUUGAAAUUCCCCAGAUCUCAAUCUGAUCGAGCAUCUGUGUGAUGUGCUGGACAAACAAGUCCGAUCCACAGAGGCCCCCCCUCGCAACUUACAGGACUUAAAGGAUCUGCUGCUAAUGUCUUAGUGUCAGAUACCACAGCACACCUUCAGAGGUCUUGUGGAGUCCAUGCCUCGACGGAUCAGUGAUGUUUUGGUGGUACAAGGGGUACCUACACACUAUUAGGCAGUGGUUUUAAUGUUAUGGCUGAUCAGUGUAUAUGAUUUAAGGCUUAUGGAUUUACUUGGACCUGACAGGUGCUAUCUUAUUAAGAAGAAAAUAAUCACCAGUUUUAUUUAUUUAUUUAUUUUUGCAUUUCUACACACUUAGUGCUCUGUGAUUCUUGGUUCAUCUAAUAAUUAAGGUUUCUACUUUGAACCCUUUCUGAUAGGAAAACAUUUUUGCAUAGAACCAUUGGUUCCCCCAGAGGGACAACCUAACUUUAAGAAUGUAUAAAUAAUAAAUGUUAAGAAUAAUACAUUAUUGCAAACUCUUCUUAUAUGUUUAGUAUUUCUCCGUUGGAAACAGGAGUUAGAGAGAACUGGUGUUAGUUAGAGAUAUGUUUAUACGGAGGAACAGGACGUGACACAAAAUUUAUGCGCAGUUGAUGUGUUUUGCUAUUGCACUAUAAUUCACAUGUCUAUAAGAAAUUUCAGAUAGAUAUCUGGCUAAUUUUAGUACAAUCAUGCAAAUUAUGUUCACCCGUUAUUUUAGUGAUCUAGUCAUAUGUAAAUGAUAUGAUAAGAAGACAUUUUAUGUCAGGAUAUUCUCUUGAUGCUGCUUCCGUUAUAAGCGUAAUGUUUUCCGGGGCGUGUUCUCUGUGGGGACGUCAGUCUCUUCUGAUCCAAUCAGAAACUGCGGUGCAACUUUAAAAUCUGCUUCGAGUCAAACGUCUUCCGCAUAGCAAUGUAGUUACUUAACUAGAUUAGUAAGUUAACGUUAAAACACUGCUCUCUCAAAUAAUUAGUAACUUUAGGUGAUUAUGGAGGGCCUUCACCAGGAGCAGGCCUGCAGCACAGGCAGUGGGCUCAGGAUGUCCAUUCUCCAGAGGAACUCCUCUUCCCUAUUACCAGACCUGUGUCGCAAUUCCUCAGUUUAUAUUGCUGAUGAGACAUUUCCCUACAUGUCAGGAAUUUUUGAUGAGACUAUGGAUCCUUUCAUGUCAAAUGGACCUGAUUUGCCUAAUCAGGUACAGUUAAAAACAUUGACAAAAACUCAGGAUGAAGUCAUUUCAGGUGCUGGAAGUCAAACAAAGGCUACAUACAACAGCAUACCAGUAGAGAAUGGUAAUUUAAUGGAUUUCAGCAUGUCCAUUACAUCUGCACAGGAUGACCCUGAAGACAUGACUAAUGUAACUGAAUCCAAUCCAAAGGGAGAUAUGCCUGAUGUCAGCUGUCAUUCCCUGGAGUCCACCAGUUGUACAGAAAAAUGUGACUUUGGGGUUGAGUCAAUGAACAGUGCUUUUGAUAUGGCUAAAGACCUUAAAGAGAAGUUUUCUGGAUUGAAUUUGACUAAACUUGCUCCCAAUGAAACAACGGGAUCAAGCAACGCUACUUUUGAAAAGUCCGAAGAACUUCAAGAAAAGUCUGCUGGACUUAGUUGUACUAUUUCUAAUGAUGAUGAUGCAAGUGUGGAAGACAAGCAUUUAAAUGAAAAACUGUUAAACUCAACUGUUGAUGUUUGUGGCCCCUUAAACUCUAGCACAGAACAGCCAGAUCAGAAGCUCAACGGAACUGUAGAUAUUACUCAGUCGAUUGGACCUAAACAAGAGCAGAGCGGUGAAGGGUGUUCAUGUAGUAAGGACUACGUGAAACAAACCACUUUUACAAAGGCUACAGAGGAGACCAAUGCAACUGUUGACUUGACUGCUGGUGUUCCCACAGAAGUUGCUCAGCCACAUUCUGUAAAUGUGCAACCAGUUGACGGAUCAUUCACUAAACCCAAUACAACCACUGACCUCACACCUCCAGAGCUUGUUCCCAACUUGACAAAUACCACUAUGAAUAUGGUCAAAAGCUCUGAUGAAGAAUUACCAAUGCGGUCCAAUACUAACUGUGGUGAGAUGGUAAAAGACCCACCUGUAUCUGGUCUGUCAGCUCCAGUCAACCCCGCUGCACCAGUGAGAGUUGAUGUGACCAUUUCCACUAACGGGACUCUAGAUCUUCCUGAGAUUGAAGGUAAAGAAGAGCAACAGUACCAAUUUAGGAGAAGAAAUGAAACUUCUGAUGGUGAAGGUUACCUGAACUUGGACAUCAGCCAAAGUAGUGUGUUUUCAUUGGAUGAGAUGCUUGACUUGAAACCCUGUCCCCUCGUUGCAUCCACACCGAUUGUUCUGGGAAAUGGUUUUGACAGACUGAGAUCUGCAUACCCCACAAAUGUUCAAAAACGACUCUCUGUGAUCAACAGUAACACACAACUGAAUGAUGACACUGCUGGUGUUUGUGAGCAUGAAGGAUCGGAUGCAUCAAAGACUAAUCAGUUGCCUGUCAAGUCUGAGCCCUGUAGUCGGAUCCAGAACGUUCCAGCAAAUGGCACCUCAGAUUCCACUACCUCUGAAGCAGCGACUGUGAACAAACCUCCUUUGAAUCUUUCAGUCAGAAGAAAAAUUCCUCAGCCCUCUUUUAAAUCCAAUAUUCCCAAGACCCAGCUUCCACUAAGGCCUCUCACCUUACAGGUAACGUCAGCAGUGGUUAAAUCAAAGAAUACAGCAUCUCAAACUUCAAAUCAGACAGAGUCAUCCUCAUCUGCUCUGCCCGGCAUGAGGAGGACAGUCCAGCUUAAUAAAGGGAAAACUCUUGCUUCUGCGAAGAGCACUUCCACAGCGUCCACUGUAAAGGCUUCAUCUGUGGCUACCUCCACCAGUACGUGUAAUAUGACCGCAGGGAAGAAAGCUGAUAAAAAGGCUGGAAAUACUUGCAUAAUAUUGCCUAAACCCUCUGGGUUUCCACCCCCUGGUCGAGGGAGAUUUGGCCUUAAACCACCUGGGAGUGCUGUUUCCUCAGAAGAAACUGGUCAUGCUCAGACUAGCAAACCAACAAAUUUAUCAGGUAUGAGGACAAGGAAUUCACUGCUUCCAGGUUUUCCCCAAAAGCAUGCAAGCAGCGAUGCCUUGCCAUUGGCAAAAAGGAAGAAAACUGAUCUGCAGAACCAGCCCAGCUGUGCUGAAGCUCCAACAGGCUCAGCGGCAAGAGAAGGUGUUCUGAAGAAUGUAACUGCUCUCACGGGCAUCACUUCAAAGAGACCCAACACUGACUGUGGAAAUUGUACACUACUUCAAGAGAAAUUACACAAAUGUCAUGAAGAACUGGGGGAAUUGCUUGAAGAACUUGGUCGUCUACCAGCAGAUUGUAAAAAGUGUAUCCUGUUUCAACAAAAAUUGGACUCGUAUUUAGAGAAGCUUAAGAGAUUACAAACAACAGAUCAUCAUUAAGGAACAGGACCUUGGCUGGCCUACACUCAAUGUAUUUUGUGGAUUUAAAAUGUAAUUAUAAUUAAUAAAAUAAUUUCUUAUUUUCCCCUAUAUUGUCUCUUUGAACAGAAUAGGUUAACAUCAAAUUGGUUUUAGGUUAGACUUCUUCCUUGAUGGAACACGUGGCAACAUCUUUUUGUAUUUUGUGAACUUAAUUGAGUCAGAAAAUGUGUUGAUGGUUUUGCACUACACAGCAAGUUAGAACGUGUCGGUGUUUUUGUAAACGAUUUUUCCUAGAACAGAAAAUUUCAGAAGGUUUUUAAUAGUAUUUCUGUUUAUUGAUACUUUUAUGUGCAUGGAUACAAUUACCCUGUAUAAACUGUAUGACAUGGCAAGUAAAAAUAGUCAUUACAGCCAUUUCAGUUUUACACUUUUGUAUUUAACAAAGUUGAUGUCUAAUAAUAAUGGUCCUUUUACCUCUUUAAUGUUUUUGCUGCCUUGAUAUUUCAUGAAUGAAAGAUACAGUAAGUAACGCUGUUUGGUUUUCUGUAAUCCACAGCCUGUCCAAUCCUGUCUGUGUGGAACAUUGUUUCAAAGUUUCAUUUAGUUAACAGUAUAGUGCACAAUAGUUUUUUUUAUAGUGCUUGGUGUAAUGUUUUGCUGUUUUUCUGGCAUUUACAGUCGCCUCUGAAACUAUUGGAACAGCAUUAAUUAGUUUUUGCUGUGGACUGAAGACAUUUCAGUUUCAGAUCAAGAUAUACCGGUAUGUGAAGAGAGUUUAGAAUUUCUGCUUUUAUUUCCUGGUAUUUAGAUGUGGACGUGUCGAACGACAUAGAACAUAGUGGAGUUGGGGUACUCGAUCCCGGACUUGAGUCCAAUUAUGGACGAAUUUGGAAAAUGGUAAAUUUGUGCUUGAACUUGACACAGACUCGUACAUCUUGGACUGGGAUUUUUCCAAGUACGGUCAAGCCCACGUCAUGUGUAACAUGAAAAGAAAGAUUAAAAAAAAAAACAUAAAAUGAGGAUAACGGGAAAUUAAUGAAUGUCUCUCUCCCUGACCAGGGGGCUUUCUGUGCUCGUGUUUCAAAGCCACCUCAUCAUGCGAGUACCGAAUUGAGUUAUCUUUAAUGGCUUAUUAUGCUUGGACGGUCAAAUAAACACACACACACACACGUCAUGUCAAAAUGCAGGUCUGGCCGAGUAUUCAUGCAAACAGUCAGUUAUGUCUUAAGUGAAUGUAAACAGUUGUGUGUCAAUAGUUUAUUGGAUCUGUGCAUUAGGUCUUAAAUUAACAGCAGUCUAAUAAACCUGCUGCUGUCUGUGUCAUUAAUGUUAAUCAAACAACAAAAAAUAAAGAGAAAAUCACUCACUUCUUUGACUGAAUAACUUCAGUAAAUUUAAUAAGAAUCACUGUAUAUGUUAUACAGUGGAGUCUAUUUUAUUUUACAUUUCAUUGCUUUAUUCAAUUUCAGUAGUACUUCUUAGUUGAAUACUGACAGUCCUACCUGAGAAAACGUAUUGUUAUUGUGAAAUAAGAUUGUAGUCAUAUCACCC